AUUGAAUCAUGCCCACUACAUCCCACCCAACGGCAACCCGGGUGGCCAAUCCAUCAUGUUCACCUCGGGAUCCACGCCGAAGUAAACUGACUUGCUCCGAAGUUGGCAAAUGCGGCGGGACGCUCUGCACUGGCUACUACUGCACGCCAAGUCCGACGGAUGUGCCACCAGACUACCAGGACCCCCCCAGGCCCCGAACAACGAGAGACCGGUGCGUACAACAAUAAUCCGGGAAGUCGG